AUGCUCCUUUGGACGAUGUCGAAUGAAAGAAAUAAUCACUUGUUCAACAACAACAAGGUGAAAGAGUGGGAGAUUGUUCAAAAGGCGCUUAAUUAUUGGGAGGAGUUCACAGAUCACCAUCGUCAAGCUACUGUCGAGAAGGUGGAAGAAAUACGUACCUGGAAGCGCCCACCACCGGGCUGGGUAAAGUUCAAUAUGGACGCGGCGGUGCUGAAAGAAGGAGGGACGGGUUUAGGAGUGGUAGCUCGUGAUUAG